AUGAGCCAUCAAGCGGAACUUUCCAUGAGGUGGUUGGUGAAUGCGGGAACUUGUGAUUUUUGGUAUGACAACUGGUUGGGUAAUGAGGCUCUUUUCCACAAAGUUCAAGUUCACGGGACCUUGACAUUCAAGGAUUUCCUUGUACAUGGAAGGUGGAAUUCAAUGCUCCUUGCCUACUACUUCCUAAAGGACAUCACGGCUCUGAUAUUGCAGCAGCCACCCCCAGAGGCUGAGCGGACGGACGAGAUGGGACUCCCGCUCGAUGAUAUCUUGAAUAAGUUUGGGGUCCAAUUGCCGUCAAAAUGCUUCUGCUGCCAUAUGGCAAUGGGGGAAUCUAUUGAGCAUAUUUUUGCAUCGGGACAACUUGCGAAAGAGAUUUGGGGUUUCUUUGGGGCUGUUUGUGGAAUAGGUUUGCCUAGAGGUCAGUUGCGUGACAGAGCAAUGGCUUGGUGGUUGUCCAAGCAGUCGGAGGUCCAAAAAUGGCUUGUGGUCUCUAUUCUCCCGAGUUUCAUCUGUUGGCACAUAUGGAAGGAUGUCGCUAUGGCAGUUGCGGACAAGUUUAACAAGGAUAGUUUCCCACGGACUUUUGGUCAAUUUUUUGAAAGUCUUUCCCAACCCUCAUCCUUGCUUCAGUGCAGGCUUGUCCGAUGGCGGGCAGCAGGUACAGGGAUGGUGACACUUAAUACAGACAGGUGUUCUAAGUGUAACCCAGGAACGAGUGGCGGGGGUGGUGUAUUCCGGGCCUCAGAUGGUCGAGCUUUGGUAGGAUAUUCAGUUUUUCUGGGGGUCGAUACCAGUUUGCUUGCUGAGGUAUUGGCUUUGUUAGCGGGUCUCCGACUUUGCGAUCAGAAAGCCUUUACACAGCUGGCUGAGGGUCCAGGGCAAUUCUCUCACAGCUUUAGAGAAGCAAACACGGUGGCAGACAUACUCGCUAAUGAAGGUCUUUUGAACCCAUUUGACCUGAUUAGGGUUUAUGAUCAACCAAGUUGCCUGCCACAGCUAGCAAGAGGAAUAGUCAGAUUGGAUAAAUUAGGUCUUCCUUCUCUCCGAUUUCUUAAAAAAUCGUCUGCGUAA